AAUUCAAGACCGCAGAAGUGGUAAGCGAAUUCAACCACAAAGCAUAUAAGACAACAACACCGGAGUGGCAUAAAAUCGUUUCAGUCGUAGAGGCGAUACAAUCUCAUGAACGACAAGUUCUAAAAUUCGGGUCGGAGCGACGUAAUUAG